AACCGUGCUCAGUCUUUUCCUCUUGGCUUUCAGUAGAGCAGUCACUCAGGACACCCGGCUCCUUACCUGUUUCCCCCUAACGUUGUACUCAAAUCAGCGGACAUGGCAUCGGCGGUAUCGGCACAGGCACAGGCUAAUCCAGUUUCGGUUCCGACUCUGCAAAGAGGAAUAGUGAAGAUGGUUCUGUCUGGCUGUGCUGUCAUUGUGAGAGGUCAGCCACGGGGAGGUCCCCCUCCAGAGCGCCAGAUCAACCUGAGCAACGUCCGUGCAGGAGCUCUGGCCCGUCGAGCUGCCCAGGGCCAGACUGAAACUAAGGACACACCUGACGAGCCUUGGGCUUUCCAGGCUCGGGAGUUCUUACGGAAGAAGAUCAUUGGGAAAGAGGUGUGCUUCACUGUGGAGAUCAAGACCCCCCAAGGAAGAGAGUAUGGCAUGGUAUAUCUGGGAAAAGACACGUCAGGAGAGAACAUUGCUGAGUCCUUGGUGGCUGAGGGCCUUGCCACAGUCCGCAGAGAGGGUCUCCGUGGAAACAAUCCUGAGCAAGCUAGACUGUGUGAUUUGGAGGACCAGGCCAAAGCUUCCAAGAAAGGGAUUUGGUCUGAAGGUGGAGGCGCUCACACCAUCCGUGAUCUCAAAUACAGCAUUGAGAACCCCCGCAACUUCGUUGACUCCCACCACCAGAAACCUGUCAACGCUAUAAUUGAACAUGUGCGGGAUGGGAGUGUAGUACGAGCUCUUCUCCUGCCCGACUAUUACCUGGUGACUGUGAUGCUGUCAGGAGUAAAGUGCCCCACGUUUAAGAGGGAGGCUGACGGCACUGAGAGCCCAGAGCCGUUUGCUGCAGAGGCCAAAUUCUUCACAGAAUCCAGACUCCUCCAGAGAGAUGUCCAAAUCAUCCUGGAAUCCUGCCCAAACCAGAUCAUACUGGGAACCAUCCUGCACCCGAAUGGUAACAUCACAGAGUUGCUGUUGAAGGAAGGCUUUGCACGCUGUGUGGACUGGUCCAUGGCUGUCUACACCCAAGGAGCAGAGAAACUCCGAGCCGCAGAGAGGUCAGCUAAGGAGCGAAAAGUGCGAAUUUGGAAAGACUAUGUCGCUCCAACUGCCAACCUGGAUCAAAAAGACCGACAGUUUGUAGCAAAGGUGAUGCAAGUGGUGAAUGCUGAUGCCAUCGUGGUGAAGCUGAACUCCGGCGAAUAUAAGACCAUCCACUUGUCCAGCAUCCGACCCCCCAGGAACGAAGGAGAGGAGAAGAACAAGGACAAGGACAAGCGCUUCCGUCCACUCUAUGACAUUCCUUACAUGUUUGAGGCAAGAGAAUUCCUUAGGAAAAAGCUCAUCGGAAAGAAGGUCAACGUCACUGUAGACUACAUCAGAGCUGCCACCACUGCCACAGAAACAGGCACCAUUCCCGCCUUCCCAGAGCGCACCUGUGCCACAGUUACCAUCGGAGGGAUAAACAUUGCUGAGGCUCUGGUCAGUAAAGGCCUUGCUACAGUUAUCCGGUAUCGCCAGGAUGACGACCAGCGCUCUUCUCACUAUGAUGAGCUCCUGGCUGCAGAGGCAAGAGCCAUCAAGAACGGAAAAGGGCUGCACAGCAAGAAAGAAGUUCCUAUUCACAGAGUGGCUGAUAUUUCUGGGGACACACAGAAGGCCAAGCAGUUCCUGCCCUUCCUGCAGCGUGCUGGGCGUUCUGAGGCCGUGGUGGAGUAUGUGUUCAGUGGCUCCAGACUGAAGCUCUACAUGCCUAAGGAGACCUGCCUCAUCACCUUCCUCCUCGCCGGUAUUGAGUGCCCCCGUAGCUCCCGGAACAUUCCGGGUGGGAUGCAGGUGGCGGAGCCCUUCAGCGAGGAAGCCAUGCUGUUCACCAAGGAGCUGGUGCUACAGAGAGAGGUGGAAGUGGAGGUGGAGAGCAUGGACAAGGCAGGCAACUUUAUCGGCUGGCUGCACAUAGAAGGAGUGAACCUCUCAGUUGCCCUGGUGGAGAGCGCUCUUUCCAAGGUCCACUUCACUGCAGAGCGAAAGUGUGUGCUCAACCGCAUAUGGAGUCUAAUAAAACGUCAUUCCUUAAGAGGAAAAGAACUGGGGUGUCUUUGGGCCAAUUAUGAAGAAAAACCCACAGAGGAGGUAGCCCAACUGUCGGAGGAGAAGGAGCGUGUGGCCAACUACAGACCUGUCUAUGUCACCGAGAUCACAGACACUCUGCACUUCUAUACACAGGAUGUGGAGACCGGUGCUCAGCUGGAGAACCUAAUGGAAACCAUGAGAGCAGAGAUUGCUGCCCAGCCACCUGUAGAGGGGUCUUUCACACCACGCAGAGGGGAUUACUGCAUUGCCAAAUUCGCUGAUGGAGAAUGGUACAGAGCUCGAGUGGAGAAAGUGGAAUCCGCAGCGAAGGUCCACGUGUUCUACAUCGACUAUGGCAAUAGAGAGGUAGUGUCUUCCACCCGCCUGGCAGCCCUUCCUCCAGCGUUCAGCACCCGUACACUGCCCGCACAGGCCACAGAGUAUACCUUCGCCUUCAUCCAGGUCCCACAGGACGAGGAUGCACGGGCUGACGUCGUGGACUGUGUGGUAAGGGACAUUCAGAAUACACAGUGUCUGCUCAACGUGGAGUACGGCGGAGCCUCCUGUCCUCACGUCACACUGCAGUUCACUGACUCCAAAGACGACGUGGGCCUGGGUCUGGUCAAAGAGGGCCUGGUUAUGGUGGAGGUCCGGAAAGAGAAACACCUGCAGAAAAUGGUAACUGAGUAUCUAAAUGGCCAAGAGUCUGCUAAAUCUGCCAGGCUCAACAUAUGGCGCUACGGAGACUUCCGCGCUGACGAUGCUGAUGAGUUCGGGUAUAGCCGCUAAAAGACGCCAUUCCAAAGACCUUGCAGAAGACUUGCUGCAGAGAAAAAAAAUACAAAAAAUCAAAAGAUAAAUAAAAAACACAAAACCUAACAAGCAUAAGAAUACUCUUAUUUUCUCUGACAUUGAAAAUAUGUCUGUCUGGUUGUCUUACAUACUCUGUGCAUUUCCCUUCUUCUUCCCUUAAAUUCUUUUCUUUUUUUUUUUUCUUUUUUUUUUUUUACAGGCCUCUAUAGGCUAAUCUAUGUCUAGCUACCUUAACUUGGACCAACCAAACUUUAUCUAAAACUUUGCCUUUGCCAUUGUAGCUCUUAUCAACCAUCAGUUGUAUUUUACAUGUUAGCUCUUAGCCAGACGCCGCAGCCUUCUAACUUCAGUAACCUGUCCCUUUUCACGCUCUCAUUUUGGUGGAGUUUGGGCUUUCAGAAGGGAGUGCACAGACAAACCAUGAACUCAACUGCUUGUUGAGAAUACGCUUCCUGAAUCAUGAAAUAAAAUGAUAUAUUUAAAUGUAUAUGAGUAUAAUUUUGAAUUUAGAUAAAGCCACUCAAAGUGAACUAAUGAGUGUAUUUUUGUCUCUGAUGUAUAUCUGAGUGUUCAAUGACAUUUCUUGAAUUUUAUGUAGGGAAUGUGUUUUCUCUUCUGUGUUGUGGCAAAAGACGCUGCCAAUGCCUUGACAAGCAUCUCUCUCACUCUCCUCCUCUGUGAUGUUUACAUAGAAUGGUCAUCAUUUCUCUCUUUCUCUCCUGCCAUAGCAGAAACAGUGUUCCUUCCAAGCCUCUGUCAUUGUAUUUAAAUCUGCUAAAUAAAAGGAGCAAACUCUGUA